GUAUUGUCUCGUCUCGUAGAACGUCUGCGUUUCGUAAUUCCGCGCGGUCGCCACCACCGGGCGUCUCUCACUCCGCCUCCUCUCUGUAUCGGUUUCUUAUCGAACUCCCUUUUCGUUUUCUCCCUUGCCUAAUCGCGGGUUCGUGUACUUUGUUGCUUUCCGCGGUAGAUGUAGUGUGUUCUGCUUUUCUCUUUGUGGCCUCGCCAGUACUUAGCAUUGUGCUGACUACUCGGUUUGUACUUACAUUUCAGCUUUUAUUCCGCUAGUUUCACGUCAAACUCGUUUCCUCCUCGCCCUACCGCAUCUGUGGUGGCUAGGUGUCGUUUACCGCCGGAGGGCGCAAACAUUCUCCGCAUUACUUAGUACUGCUCCGCGCGCUUCUGCCUACUAGAGGUACCUAUGGUCGCAAUUCGUCUUUGGUCCGUAGUCUGUCCAUCUUAUAUAGUAUCGCACAUUCUCCAGCGCGUGGAUUCUGUCAAUCACUUCCCUCUAUCGGUUUCUUAUCGCAGUCAUCUUCGUCUUUUUCAUCACCAUAUCACAUCACUGCACGUGCGUUGCCUUUUGUGAGGUCCCCCGAUUUCUGCCUUCGUCUCGUGGCAAAGCGACAGUGACAAAUUUCUUUUUAAAUCUUCCGCUUUUGUCUCUCUAACUCUCUCGGGCGUAUCACACAUAUUCAGAUUUGGGAGAGCGGGCGACGAUAACGGUGAUGGGGACUUUUCUGCAUCGAGUGCUGAUAGAGUGUGGCCAGUAGAAGCGCGUGUGUUGUACGCGCUCUUUCGCUCAACUUUUAUCUGCCCUUCUGUUCUUUCUGGCGUCCCUUUUAUCUAAACGUUCUUUCCAGACUCGAGCGGUGUAUACGCAGGGGUCGGCGUUAAUCAGCAGUGGUGCCGUUGCAGCACUCGUAGGGCGAUAACGACAGGUCGACAAAGCAUUUAGCCCGGUGUUCAUACAGCAGACGAACAUUACAGCAGGCGUGACAUACUCGAACUCCAUCGGAGCUCUCGAAGCGCGCUUCGCGUUAAGGGUUUUUGCGGGGGCGAACGAGACUUAGUUUUGACGCCGGUUGUCGAGACGUAUAAGAGACGUUUGCGAGCGACUUGUUUUUGACGUCUGUGCCUUGACGUGUCGAAACGUAUAAGAGACGCUUCGUGAUAUCCAACCUUGGAUGUUGUCGGUGGGUGAGCGUUACUGGCUAAAACUCCUUGUGGCAUUUUUCUUGCCGGGAUGUUCUAUACACCUGCAGUGCGCGUCAGAUGAGUGUGAACUUGUGCGUGUUCAGUGCAUCGGUUUGUUCGGUGUGGCGUUUCUUGUGCGAAAGCGACAUCGAGGUGAUGAAGACUGUUGUUGUCUGACGGGAAGAGAAACACGCCGCUGAAGAAAAAGCCUGGUUGACACAGACUGGUGUUGAAAGUCUCCGCCGGUCUCUGCCGGAAAUCUUGGUAACGAUGUCGCUCAUUCAUGACUUCGGCGAUCACGGAGAGUGUGACCGGGUGCACUACAUGAAUGCGAGCCUGCAGUGCGGUUUCGUGUCCAGCACCGAAGAAUGCCAUUCGGACGAACAGUACCUGGCCUACACCACGUUCGUGUACUGCGCCUUCGGGUCGGGGCAGACCGUGCCGGGGCUCGUCGUACUCGCAUUGGGCCUCCUCAUCAUGUUCGUGGGCCUGGGGAUCACGGCUGACGACUUCUUGACGCCGUCGCUCAUCGUGAUAUCGGACUCGUUGCACCUGUCUCAGAAUAUUGCUGGCGUCACCUUCUUGGCGUUCGGCAAUGGGGCACCGGACAUCUUGUCGUCGCUGGCGGGCAUCCAGCAGGCAAGACCCGAGCUCGUCAUCGGGGAGCUGUUCGGCGCGGGCAUCUUCGUGACGUGUGUGGUGGCCGGCUCGGUGUACCUGACGCAAGACUUCAACGUCAUGGAGAGGCCAUUCCUCCGCGACGUCAUCUUCUACAUCAGCGCCACCUUCUGGGCCUUCUACCUCUUCUACACGCAGAGAAUAACCAUCGCCCACUCUAUCGGGUUCAUCAUGCUGUACAUCCUGUUCAUCCUGGUGGUCGUGUUCGGCCGGCUUGUCUACCAGCGCAUGUCCAAGGCCGACCAGGAGAAGACCCCCGUGGCCAAGGCCGGAGGCGUCACGGAGCCACCCAAGGGACUGCUCCAGAAGCUCAGGGAGGGACUCUUUCCCGCUGGCGACGUUGCCGGAAACGCCUCCGGUGGCCAGCAGAAGAAGUGCGCCAUGUUCGACAAGUGCGCGCCGGAAGAGCACGAGGGCGUGAUCCUGCGACGUUUCAGCUUCCGCGAGAGCACCUCGCACCGCCCCCGGCGACGCACCCUGUCGGGCGUCAACCUGCACCACCACCGGCGCAACUCCAUCUACAUCAUCACCGCGGGUGAAGGAGAGCGCGAGGCCCGGGUGCGCUCGCGCUCGCGCAGCCGCAGUGGCAGUGCCGGAGCCGGAAGGCGCAGCCGCGCCACCAGCGUCGCCUCCACCGAGCGAGGCAGAGGACCGCGGCCGGCCAAGAGCGAGAGCUUCCGCGUCGAGAACGGCGAGCUUGCUCCACCGCUGCCACUACCGUCACCGCCCCCGUUUCUCGGGCUGGACCCUUUGACGCACGGCACCAAGGCGACCACCCCGGUUCCGGCUGGCCCGGACAGCGUGGUCGAGCUGACUGUUCCCACGCCCAUGCCCAAGCCACAGUCGCAGCCGCCGCCGGAGCCUCAGCCGGAGCCACAGACCCAGCUGUCCCCCCUGCGCGAGUUCUGGCUGCACAUACGUCCCAUCGAUAUGGAAGAGUGGCCCAGCAAGCCCUGGCUCGCCAGGAUCAUCGAAAUCAUCAAGGCGCCGAUCUACUUCAUUCUGACGGUGACGACGCCCGUGGUGGACUACGAGAACGACAAGCACAACUGGUGCCGCCUUCUCAACAGUCUGCACUGCGUACUCAGCCCGCUCUUCAUCACACUCGUCGCUACCGGCGGUGACGACACGGUGGGCGGCGUGCCGGUCAUCGUGAUUGUGGCGCUGGCGUUCGCGUGCGUGGCCGGCACGGUGUUCGCCACCUCGACGUACGAGGAUCCCCCCCGCUACCACUGGGUCUUCGGCUACGUCGGCUUCCUGGUGGCCGUCGCAUGGAUCUACCUGCUCGCCAACGAGGUGCUCUCGCUGCUCAAGACGUUCGGCAUCGUCAUAGGGCUGAGUGAUGCCUUCCUGGGAAUGACAGUCCUGGCCUGGGGUAACAGCAUAGGCGAUUACAUAUCGAACCUGUCGGUGGCCAGGCAAGGAUACCCUCGUAUGGCGAUAUCGGCUUGCUACGGUGGACCCCUACUGAAUCUGCUGCUUGGCUUCGGGAUUCCCUAUACACUAAAGCUCGCCCAAAGCGGAGGGGUCAUGAGCCUGAAAUGGACGACCAUGAUCGGCAUCCUGUACGGGACCAUCACCACCACGCUGGUGUCCACCCUCGUCGCGAUGAUCAUAAUGCGGUUCCACGUCAAGCGAGCCUUCGGCGCUCUGCUCGUGCUACUAUACGUGAUCUACACCGUGGUCGCCAUACUCAUCGAAGCCAAGGUGAUCUAAGUGCUUCGCUGGAAACGUUGAGCUCAAGACGCCAAUGCCGCCGUGGUGACCCUUUUGACCAGUCUGGCCGAACGCGGGCGCGUUCCCUGGCAGGCAGAAACGUUAUGUGCGCAGAUUGCCGCAGCCUUCCUUACACAAGAGGAAGUUACAGGCAGCAAGCUUCGUUAAAUGUAUGUCGAAGCGUUUGACUCGGUCCCGGUAAAACCAUCGGUAACGGCUUCGAGCGAACGAGCUGCAGAUGCCGGAAAAGUGGACGUCGACUGCUUUUGCCACCACCUGCCCCAACCGUACGACGUCCGCACGGUUCGAAGGAGGCCGCAUUGCGGCGCGGUUAUGUUGCGGACGCAAACUUAAAUGCCGCUCCCCGUAGCGUUGCGAUCUUGCCGCAUCGUCGAAUCACAUCGCGAGUGCGCGGCGUGUCGCCACAAACUGUUCCUCUGCUCGACUGUGCCUCGUUUUGGAGAAGCAAUCGUCGAGGAGUGCCGUGACGCAGCUCGUGUUUGUACUACGUAGAAAGUGCCUCGGCGCCGACAUCCAGGCCAAGCUUCUGUGUAAAAAUGUCCCUGUGACGCGCAACUUAAGGACACGGCGUAUCAGAGACGUCUCCUGUGGUUGUUCCUCGAGUGAGUUUAUGAGUUAUCGCCGUUCAUGGCUUAGUCAUCUUGCUCAGUGUGGAGACCUAGUCAGAUGGACACAGUGGUGCCCCUGCAAAAGGAUUGUCGAGGAACUUCAGGUGGUAUAAGUACGAAGAGAAAGCCUAAAUCUGCAGUGGUAGCUUCAGCCAAGCGAAGCCCUCUACGUCCGAAAGAAAGCUACGGUAAACUCUACUGGCGCUGCCUUGGUUGUGGACAAGAGCUUCUGUGCCAGUAACACCACGUGACGAAGGGCUUGCCACUGCGAUGUCGUAUACUUACCAAUGAUUGCGUGUUGCCUCUGCGCACGCAGAAAGAAAGAACUCAGUACAAAAUGUACGCCUUGCUAGUUAUACGUGUUAGAACAGUAAAGGAAAUGCUUGAGUCUGUCGUCCGAAUGUUUGGCAAAGUCAUCCGUUUAUUUAUUGCACUUAUACGUGGAACGUUGAGAAGUGUUCGGAGUCCCGAAUGAACCUGAACGUAACAUGUGUGAUAGCAGCUCCAUGUGUACAGUGCCUCAUCACAGUGAUAGGUUUGCUGUGUUAUUAAACUGUUUUAGGUGUUGCUUUAUGUUGAAAUGCACUCAGUGAUAGACAGACCUGUAGUUCAUGUACGCGGUUCAGUUAGUCAUUUUGCGAUGUCGUUGCAUGAGAACAUCUGUGUGUGAGCAUUAUUUCUAGUGCUGUCUUCUUUUUAUUAAUGUCAAACUUGCGUGAAAUUGUCAGUGUGCGUAAUAAAAGAA